AGUUCAGAAGGGCAGAGUGUUUGAUCACACAUUUGUCUUGCUUCCGCCAUGGGCUGAAUAUUCCAGCUGCAUUGGUGUGCUGAGAUCGAUUUCUGGGUCACAGUCACAAGGAGGGAGUAGCGAGGAGAUGAAGAGGCACCUAAUAGAGGAAUAAGAAGAGCCCGGGAUUGUAUGUUUGUGUUUUUACAGGCCAAGUUGGUGUGCCAGGGAGUAAACAACCAGAGCUACAUCUGUGAGUCGGGUCACUGCUGUGGAGAGACACAGUGCUGCAGCUACUACUAUGAACUGUGGUGGUUCUGGUUGGUGUGGACUCUGAUCAUUAUCCUGACAUGCGGCUGUAUUUGUCACCACUGGCGCUCCAAGCAGCGAUUCCAGCAGCAGCGCCGGCAGAACGAGAUCAACCUCAUCGCCUACAGAGAGGCUCACAACAACUUUCACCUACCACUCUAUCUCAGAUUCUUACCCACCUAUCUGCUUCCGGCCUACGAUGAAGUAGCUGACCGCCCAGUCACGCCUCCUCCCCCCUACACCCCUCUUCAGUCAGCACCUCCCCCCACAGACCCCCCUGAGGAAUCUCCAUGCCCCAACUCGGCUGUUUCCGUCCCUAGUGAUGUUGAUGCAGCGCUCCAUGCUACUCCAGAGGUCAUGCAGACCCACCUUGAAAGCGCUUACAACCCCAACAAGGACUCAACGCCGGGCAGGUACCGGCGCUUCACAGGAGAUUCUGGGAUUGAAGUGUGUGAUUGCCAGGAGCUGUGGGAUCAGCACGGCUUUUUAGAAAGAGAAGAAGAGGAAGCGGGAGCGGAGCAAAUGGAGGAGCCAUGUGAGCCCUGUGUUCCCCAGACCUUUGAUCACAGUCAUAUUAGUGAUGCAGUCAUUCAUGAAAACACAGAUGGACAACAGAGUGGAUACAGAGGCAAAGUCUCGUAGGUAAUCCAGAAUAAUGUCUUAAUAUCUGCAGUCCUGGAAAAAAAACUGCAGCAGAUGCAUUUUUAUACCUUUGGAGCUCAGGGUUUUGGUCUGUUUGUACAUGUGUAACUAUGUGUAACUGUGUGUGACGGGCCUGGAGACAAAUGAAAGGUAUGACUAAAUACUUCAACAAUGUACAAAAAUUGAAAGCUACUAUUAUGAAGCAGAAAGUAUGUUUUUAGCCAAAUUCCUCGCCUCGUCAUUUUCAAGUUAAAAUUUAGACAGUUGCUACUCAUGUUGAUGAGCUGUCUGCUUUGAAAAUUUCUCCUGUCAUGAGGCAGCACUGAUAUUUGUGUUUUUUCAUGUUUACUUACACCGUGUCCUAACUGAAUAUGACACGAGCGAGUUUGAUUGCACUGUUGGAAAGCCCUAACUGGACGCGAGAGACGUGGUGUGCCUUUGUAUUUCUUCCUGUCACUCGCGUUCCCGUCGCGCUGCAUGGGCGAGAAAUGGUUGCUCAAUGAAGUUGAAAUGAGUUAUCUAUGCAGUGGUGGCAGCUGGCUGGAGGGUGAUUGCCAUGAAUCUGAAGGAACGCAGCAUGUUCAAUGUGUCACGCUCUCCCAGCGACAAUGACACCCCCAGAUACAGCUGGUAGCAACGUCUCACACUCAGGUACAAAACACAGGUGAGCUGGCAUUCACCUUUUAUAGUGAAGUGAAAUUAAUGUCACAGAGCGGUGACAAGAUUUGUGGCAAAGGGGUUGGAAUCAGAACCCAAAUUCGAUAUGAACCGGAUUUGAUAAAUAGAAUCGGAUACAGAAUCAGAAUUGAUCCAACUGAAUUUAGAUACCAACCCCAAAUAGAGACACUGUUUCUAAACCACAUCAAACAUAUGUUUGACAUUUUUGUACUGUCAUUUGUUCUUGGUUCAUUCUUAUAUGCUGAUAUUGAUAAACUGAAUCAGUAAUGAGCUUAAAUCAGCCUGCUGAGCUAGUGGUAGCUAUCUCUUUAAUAUCUCAGGUUGUAGUUGUCCAUGUAGGGCUUUGUAGAAAAUCAAUGAGCACGACAGCUUUAGCAUCACUAUGAUGAAGUAACUUGAGUUAUCAGUUAUCUUGCUGUAUUACCCAAAAACAGACAAUCCCAUGUGUUUUUUGUAUCCAUAACAGUUCCUGAAUGAUUUAUGUCAUUAUCAUGAGCAUGACCAUGUGACUUGUUGAGGAGUUGUUUAAGCUCGAGUUCAACUCUGAACUGCAGCUGAGCUGAUGACAGAGCCAUUGCAAAGAUGCAUUUUGUAACCUUUAAGAACAAUUGUCUUAUGAUUGGAAGUUAUUAUCAUAUUGAUUCUGACCAUUUAAACAUGCUUGCUCUGAUCAAAAGUAUUUAAAAUCAAGUCAAUUCAAGAAAUGCACUGGGUGUGAACUUACAGGGCUGUCACUUUGUCUGAGUGACAAACUACAGGAUCACUCGGAGUGCAAACCAAAGCCAAAGCCUUCCAGCAGCUAGCUGGAAGCAGUCUGUGCAAUAAAGCAGAUUACACUGUUUAACACUAUUGCAGUAAGGCAUUCCCCUUCUAUACUGAGAAUAACUCAUAUCAGGGUUGAUAUAUCCAUCUAGAAAAACAGUGAAACAGGUGAAAUAGGGAACUUACUGAAUUUUGACAAGAGCUAAUUGAAAAAGAUGUCGGAACAACAAAGGCGGUGUCAUCUCUGUGGAGGGUUGUUUUCCAAAUUUUAGAAAAAACACCAGUUAGUCAAGUGUGACACUACUUCCUGCCCUUCCAGAGCACCGGCUUUGUUCUUAACAGUCUUUUGGUAUCGUCAACCAGGACAGGUGUGAACUGACGAGCCAAUCAACAUUUUUGAAAAACAAAGUAUGAAGACAGUAAAUGUGCCUACAUUCCUAGUGAGGGAAAACGAGUACAUGCAGAAUGUUGCAAGAAAACUCCUAUUGUGCUGAAAUGUUCUUUAUAAAGUCUUUAAAAACCACGAGCAUGUUUGUACACUGCUCCAGUUCUCACCCAGGAUGGGUUCUUUAGUAAAUGAUGAGUUUUCAGCGCCCUGUUGAUGAUCAUUAGACCUUGCUUGAGUCUUCAGCCACCUGUCACACUGAUGUUACAUGAGGCAUUCUUUUCUGAUACCAUAGUGCCAUAAUGUGUAGCCUUUGAGUAGAGAAUAUUUAGGUGAACUUAAUUAAAGCUGUGGAGUCUCUUUGUCUAAGAGUUGAUAUCUGAGUAACCCUUCAGUGUACUCAAUGAUACAUUCUUUGUCAUUUAAUUAAUGCCAUAUUAUGCAGGAUUUGUGUUCCUUGUAGUUUGCCAAAAGGUUCUGCACACACUUACACACAUAUCUUAAAAUCUUACCAUCCGUGUGUUUAUUCUUCUAGGACACACUACGGGUUUGUGUUGGAUGUAAUCCAUAAGUGUGUGUAUACACAGGGAAUGAGUGACCGUGGUGCAGCCCUUUAUACACUCCGUGUAGACAUGUCUGGCUGUUGGGAGGCUGACAAUAAAACCCAAACCUUACACUGCACUGGGGGAACUUUCUCCAGUUGAGUCAGUCGAGCACUUUUCCACAUAUGUAGCAUUGAAUAGUGGUGUGGAGCACCAGGUGCUUCACUAUAUGUAGAUUUGUAUGCUCUUUAUUAAAUAUUUUUCUGUCCAUUUUGUAUAAAUAUGGUUAUUAAAAGUUAUGGAGAACA